UAAGUUGAUAACAUUUCACCUUCAACUUUGGGAAAACCACUGUCUCUUAUAAAAACAAACUUAUCAAUGUGUUAUAACUUCUUGUAUAACUUAUAGAUAAUCGUUUUAGUUGUUGAGAUACAGUAGAUAAAUAUGAAGGUUAUACUGGUUGUGGUACUUUUAUCAUACUAUGCAGAAGCACGGACCCCUACCGAAAACUGUAUUGGUGCUACCGUUAUUCAUAAUAUUAAAUAUGAACAUGAAAUUUUGAAAAAAUUAAGAAUACCAUACCAACUGGCAAUGGAUUAUAACACAAACACUUUAUUCUUCAGUUAUUCCAAGGAUAAUAAAGAUAUAAUUUAUGAGUCCGCGUAUAUUAAUCUUAAAACAAAUGAAUUCGGAACCAUACAUGGAAUUGCAACGGGGUUUGCUAACGCAGUAGAUGAGCAUGGUAACGUGGUUUACUUAGGUGCUAGUGAUGGUAUAUACCAGUUUAAUUACGAAACCAAAGUUGCGACUCGUCUUAACGGCACAGAUGAUACUAUUUGGCAAUUGUUCUUUAAAAAAGACUUGUACUACACGAAAUUUCCAGAAGAAGAGAUUUAUAUAUUUAAAAAUAACCAAUCUCACAGAGUGCCUGAAUUAAUUGACACGAAUGGAAGGUUUGUUGCUGUUGAUAAUUCGGACAACAUCUACUUUUCGAACACAACUGGAUUGUUUAUUCAUAAGAAGAUUACGGAUAAUACCUCUUUUGUUGGCAAUUAUUACGACGUGAAUGGUUUUACUUAUGAUAUAAAUGGUGCACUGUUUUUUUCUACUCCUCAGGCUAUAUAUUAUAUCAACGACAGCAUCCAAGAAGUGGAAAAAAUUGCUUCAUUUGAUAGUUUGUAUGGAAUAGCUAUAGAAGCAGAUGGAACCAUAAUUUACGCGUUGGAAGAUAGUCUUGUUAGACUUAAACCAACUAAUACUUAUUGUUAUAGUAAUGAGACGAAAAAUCAGUAAUUAGAAGGAAAAUCUGUGAAAUCUCCUUAGUCUUAAAAUCUUAUUUAUGUUUGAAAAACCGAUAGACGCUGGGAUCCCGAGAGCGUGCUAGAAUGGCAAUCUCGCACCGAUACGGUUGACAGAGUCCUCACUAAGUGGACAGACGAAACUAGAUGGUCAAACUAGUCGCAAGGAGCUGUAGAUGGCCGCCUGGCGGUGGUCUAAGACCGCAGCAUGUGGAAGUCCAUACAAGAGACCUAUGACCAUCAAUAGAAGUCCUAUCAGUUUAUAACGGAAACAAAGACAAUCCCACGGUGCAAUAUGAUGAUCUUGCACAGAAAAGCGCAGCGUUUGACAGACGCCCAAUAGGUGGACAGACGACAUCAAACGAGCAUUUACAACAAAUCAAUGAUU